GGGGUGUAAUUGUAGCAAAGUUCGAUUCGAGAUCUUGGCUAAACCUGUACUUGAGGCUUGGAAGCGCAAAUAAAAGUUCCUUAUUGAUAGAACUUUUUAAUUCAUUAUUUAACAAUUUGUCAUUACUUAACAAUUUGAUUAUGAGCUCGAGAAUCACAGAAUAGGUAGUGUGCAGCAAAGCCAAUAAGAUUGCACCAUUUGUGAUAUUUACACUGAAAAUACACAUAUUUGGCACUAACUUACAAGUGUUUCAUCAUCAGCUGCACCAUAUGUAUGAAGAAUGAGAUCACACCUGUUCUGGUUCCUAAAGAUUACUUCAAGCUCCUGCAGGGGGAAGAGCAUAUCUCUUGUUACACUUAUGACACCCAUCAAGCUAAACACUAUUCUGUACAACAUGUGGAAUUCACGACAUGUGUGUUGUACCAUUUGUGUGAAAAAGGAAUGCUUCUUGUCUGUCUUCCAAAGGAAAAUUUUAAAGUAACGCAGGGAGAAGAGCAAAUAUCUUGUUACACUUUUAACACCCACGAAGCUAAGCACUACUUUUGUUCCACUUGUGGUAUCCACCCAUUCUACCAUCCUCGCACAAAUCCUGAGGCACGUGGCAUUUCACUGCAGUGUUUGGAUGAAGAAGAAACCAGAAAGAAUGCAGAGGUUGUUCCAUGUGAUGCUAUGAACUGGGAGAAGUGGGAGCUAUACCUUAAUGAACAUCCAAAAGCACGAAAUCUCACUGAAAAUGUGGAGUAGUACUAAUUUUAAUCAGUAGAUCAUUAUCAAUAACUUCCUUUUAGCUGGUAGGAUGCCUUGAUAACUUAUCAUGGGACCAUUUAUAUUCCAACUUGUUGUUGACCCUUUCAUUCUUAAGAUCUUAUUAGUAAUUCUAACGGAUCAAAGUCAGUUUCUGAGCAACUGCACACCUACCCCUCCCCUGACCCAACCAUAGCCCUAACUUGUAAUCAGGUGACUGUUGUUGGGUUAGGAGGGAGGGGUAAGUCUGCAAUUUCUCAUAUGUUGACAUUGAUCCAUUCUUAUGAUGUUGUUUGGGAGAAUUUGAUAUUGGAUAAGAAAUACUGUUAUGUUUUAUGAUUAUAUUUUUUUUAUUUGUGCUCAAAUUUUGCUAACAACCAUUCUACAAUUAGCAGAUGAGAUUAUUUGCACAAUGCCACAGGCCUAGAGCUAUAAGCAUGGACAUCAUCUUCGUCAAUUGGCCUCUAACAGGAGUAUUUCACUAACUAUAUACAAUACAAAGUUUGUUUUAUUAGUGUUUGGGCCUGCUGUAAUUGGCCACAGCUGUUGCAGUGUCCCUGCCAAUGUUCUUUCUGUUGUCUGUUUGUGUGUUUGUUUUUUGGAGAAGCUAAUAAAUUAAAUUAAAUCAAAGUUGGGUUAUCUUGGGAAUGUCCAAUAUGUAUC